AUGGCCUGUGCUCUGCUUGAAAUCAGGGCCCACCUCCAGAUUCGAAGCCUCAUAACCCGACAGUGCCUGGCAGAGUUUCUGGGUGUGUUUGUGCUCUUGCUCCUCACUCAGGGGUCUGUGGCCCAGGCUGUCACGAGUGAAGAAAACAAAGGCAACUUCUUUACCACCUAUCUGGGCAGCUCUCUGGCUGUUACAAUCGCUAUCUACGUGGCAGGCAAUGUCUCAGGAGCCCACCUAAAUCCAGCCUUUUCUCUGGCCAUGUGCCUGGUGGGACGCCUCCCCUGGGCCAAACUCCCCAUUUACUGCUUUGUGCAACUGCUGUCUGCUUUCUGUGCCUCAGGGGCCACCUACAUGCUCUACUAUGAUGCCCUCCAGCACUACACAGGUGGGAAUCUGACAGUGACGGGUCCCAAAGAGACAGCUUCCAUUUUUGCCACUUACCCUUCCCCAUAUCUGUCCCUGAACAAUGGCUUCUUGGAUCAGGUUCUGGGUACCUGGAUGCUGAUUGUGGGGCUGUUAGCUAUCCUAGACAGACGGAAUAAAGGGGUACCUGCAGGUCUGGAGCCUGUGGUGGUGGGACUACUGGUCCUCACCAUUGGACUAUCCAUGGGUGCUAACUGUGGCUUUCCACUCAACCCUGCCCGGGACCUGGGCCCACGGCUCUUCACCUACCUUGCUGGCUGGGACCCUGAUGUCUUCAGUGCUGGUAAUGGCUGGUGGUGGGUGCCUGUAGUGGCUCCUAUGGUGGGGGCCACCCUGGGCACAGCCACAUACCAGCUCCUGGUGGCUCUGCACCACCCUGAAGAUUCAGAGCUGUUUCCAAAGGUGAUGACAUCUCAACUCAAGGCUUCAGACGUGGUUCCUCUGUCUCAGCUGGAGUGUAAGCUGUAA